GAUAUAGGCACGGGGAGUAAGCUCCGCCGUUCAGACGUUGAUUCCCGCACGAUCUUCGCUUAACAGCGAGCUGGGAGCUGAAGCUUAAAUUUUAUUCAAAGCGGUGGCUUAAUCCGAGCGAUUUUCUUCAAUCGGUUCGUUUGAAGCGAUGACUUACGCCGGUGAAAGACGAAGUGGUGAUUCUCUAGAUGUACUCCUUGUCGCCAACAAACGGAAGCCCAACUUUACGGAAGGAGAAAGUCUGUACUUAAUCUCUCAGUUUGAGCGCAACUCCGGAGUACUCACUUCAAAGCUGAACGAUGCGUCCACUAAUAAACAAAAGGUCGAAGUUUGGAAGCGCAUAUGCAGUGAUUACAACAGCAGGAAUCCGAUCGUUUUACGCACUGCAAACGACCUCAAGAGAAAGUGGAAAAACAUGGUUCGUGCAGCAAAAAAGGAGCUGUUGGAAUCUACCGCACAUUCAGAAAGCGGCGAACAGUCCCUUGCACCAAGAAAACUUUCUCCGGUUAGUCAGAGGAUAAUAGAAAUUUUGCGGAUUACUGUGGCAAACUGUGGCUUCUCAGCAGCGUCACCUGGAGAUCCUGCGGGGAUAAACUUUGACGAUGGUAUUGCCGACGAUCCAACUUUCUUGGAAGAAGGAGGGGAAGAGAAUGGCGAAAGGGAAAUCAAUGGAGAGCGACAAGUCGUGCACGUAGUUGUGAAACCCGAAGUGAAAUCCUCGAUAGUUUCACCUGCUACAAACACAGAAAAUACCGCAGAGGAUUCACAGCGGAGUGCGGCUAACAUAGAACCCUCUCUAUCGGCCCUGAACUCGGCUCAAACGUUGAGCGCGGAAGAUCAACAAACGACCCACGAGCAGGUUCCAGGGACUUCCAGCAGUCAGGUACCCAGUUCCCAGGGUAGCAGUAAGACUACAGCAUCUGCUGUUCCCAGCGUCGAAUCUUCCAUGUCCGAAAUCAGACAAAUUCCGCGUGUGAUCGCCACCAGUAACACAGACGGUGGAGGCAGGCAUCGUCUCGUGGUACCACAGCACAAAAGGAUGCUCUCUUCCCCAAUUACCCACGUGCUAAAAAAGAGAAGGUGUUCCGACUAUGAUUCAUUCGGCUCGCCGCACGUGCGAGCUGAAAUUGACAAACUCAAAAAGGAGAAGCUAAUGCUAGAGAAAGAAAAACUGGCCUUGGAAAAGGAGAAGUUGGUUAUGGAAAAAGAAAAGCUCGCUCUUGAAAUACAGUUUCUCAGAGAUCAAAUGGAUUAGAGAAGGAUAAUACCGUUUGUCAGUGACUGGGCGGAAAGUGCAUUUAUCCACUGAACAAGGUACCGGUAAAGGUUACUAAAUGCUGAAGAGAGAGAUAAUGUUAAUUUCGUCAAAGACUGACAUAGAGAAAAGCUUUUUUAAGGACUUCAGUUUAUUGUUUAGUUUUAGUUCGUUUUGCGGUUUCAUCAAGUCCACUUUAAUACUUUAAAGAGAACAAUGCACUGAAUUUGUUGGAAUCGUGUUUGAUUAUUUGUUGCCAAACGUCCACGUUGUUAUGUGUAUGAUUGUACAUGAAUCUAGUGUAUAUUUUUUAAGGAAGUCCCGAGCACUCUGCAGUGACUCCAGAUAGGGUCAUGUCACACUGGUACAUCAAGCCAAAUAGACUAAAUAACGGUUUACAUUUGCCGAUUUGGUUUCCAAGUACAAUUGAACUAUUUUGUUAUUCAUAUUAAAAAAAUGUCACGUAUUUUGUUCUUGGCGCUAAGAGAAAACGAUGUGAUGACUUCACAACUACAUUUAAUACAAAUUAAUACAGAAGAAGUUUAAAUUUUGUAACAGAGAUAAAAAGUAUUUUCUUGGUAAACACUGCAGGCAGCCUUUAGAAUAUUGCAGUCUGUAUGUAACAGUUGCUAGGUCUACGACUCUGCGUUUCUCGUUUUCAUGAGCACUUGUCCCUGCGUUUUCAGUGAUAUAUCAAGGCAGCAAAAAGGGGCAAUUUUAAUCAGUAUGAUAUCAUUCGGACCAUUUGAUAAUGACUGAAUUUCGAGGCCGCUUUAUUGGCCAAUUUUGCAAGUUUUAUCUAAGCUAAGCAAUGUGUGCUGAAUUACAGUAGAAUGCAAAGGAAGAGUUAUUGUCAGUUGCACCUGAGAUAUACUGGUGCAUUGUGAAAACGUUACUUUAAUUUUUCCCUAAACCAAUCUUUUCGCGAUGACAUCCCUAAAUCUGAACCCAAAUAAGCUGAGAGCGAUUUCUUGAGAAUGGAGCCCAUGCAGUUAGACCGAGAAAUCUACAGUGAGAAUCUGUUGUACUGUUUUGUUGUUCUCAGUUUUGUCCAAGCGAUAAGCUGAGUCAGUAGCAAUACUGUUAUUGUUUCAUCACGGAUCAAUGCAAAUAAAAUUGUGUUAAUCUGUAUUACGUGUUAUGAUUCUAGUCGAAGCUUCUGUUUAUACUUGGUCUGGCUGAUUACCAUGCAUACAGACUGCUCAGGCGAAAUUUUGUUCGCAUGUAAAGAAUAACCGUAGUAGUAUAUGUAAUAUAUUUCAAUGCAAAACAUUUGAUUCGGCAACGCCUGUAAAUACAGUGCUGUACACCAAAAACAACUGGCGACGGUUGGUUCUGCCUCGGUUGGACGAGCGCAUUGAUUGUUAAUCAAAGUAAAUGAUUAUUCCAUGGGCCAUUAAUUUGGGCAUUAAGCUUUAGGUAGGUCACUGAAGCGUUUAAAAAAACUCAACGGAAACCCUUAAUUUAAAAUCUCUGCAGUUCCGUAGCGGUUAAACAACCAACAGGCUCAACGUUCAUGCAAACGAUGUUUGCACAAAGUUGUAACUGACUGCAAGCGAACUAUAGAGCGAAAAAUAAUUAAACAUUGUAAUCUGAAGUAAAUUAACUUCUUCAAGAAAGCGAAAUACAUUUGAAAAUGGCCUUCAGUAUCUUGGGAUAAAAUCA